CGCCAGUUUGGGCUUUCGCGGGGGCUGCUGGGGCGUGGACGUCGGGGACGCGCAGGGAUGCGCGCAGCUGGGAGGACGCGCCCGUCUGGUCGCGCGCCUUGGAACCCGGACUCUUUGAGUGGAAACCGAAGACGCACGAGGGAGGAACGCGUGGAGCAUGAAGAGGCAGGGGGCCUCCUCCGAGCGGAAGCGGGCGCGGAUACCAUCCGGGAAGGCGGGAGCAGCAAAUGGGUUUCUCAUGGAAGUGUGUGUUGAUUCAGUGGAAUCAGCUGUAAAUGCAGAAAGAGGAGGUGCUGGUCGCAUAGAGUUAUGUUCUGGCUUGUUGGAAGGAGGAACCACACCCAGCAUGGGUGUCCUUCAAGUAGUGAAGCAGUAUGUCCAGAUCCCAGUUUUUGUGAUGAUUCGGCCACGUGGAGGUGAUUUUUUAUAUUCAGAUCGUGAAGUUGAGGUGAUGAAGGCUGACAUUCGUCUUGCCAAGCUUUAUGGUGCUGAUGGUUUGGUAUUUGGGGCAUUGACUGAAGAUGGACACAUUGACAAAGAACUGUGCAUGUCCCUUGUGGCUCUUUGCCGUCCUCUGCCAGUCACUUUCCACCGAGCCUUUGACAUGGUUCAUGAUCCAGUGGCAGCUCUAGAGACCCUCUUAACUUUGGGAUUUGAACGAGUAUUAACCAGUGGAUGUGACAGUUCAGCCCUAGAAGGACUACCCCUAAUAAAGCGACUCAUAGAUCAGGCCAAAGGCAGGAUUGUGGUAAUGCCAGAGUAUAUCAUGGGACAUGCCGGGCUGAAUGACUCACGACCUGGGAUCAAGAUUGUCGAGAGAAAUAUCAACCACCUCAGACAUGCGAAUGAUACCACUCUAAGGCAUAAAGCAAAGAGGAACUUGAUGAGAGCCUCUUGAUGAGAGUGAAAGAGGAGAGUGAAAAAAUGGGCUUAAAACUCAACAUUCAAAAAACUAAGAUCAUGGCAUCCAGUCCCAUCACUUCAUGGCUAAUAGAUAAGGCAAAAGUGGAAACUGGGACAGAUUUUAUUUUAUUGGGCUCCAGAAUCACUGCAGAUGGUGGCUCCAGCCAUGAAAUUAAAACUCUUGCUCCUUGGAAGAAAAGCCGUGACAAACCUAGACAGCAUAUUAGAAAGGAGAGAUAUCAUUUUGCCAACAAAGGUCCAUAUAGUCAAACUGUGGUUUUUCCAGUAGUUGUGUAUGAAUGUGAGAGUUGGACCAUCAAGAAAGCUGAGCACCAAAGAACUGAUGCUUUCAAAUUGUGGUGCUGAAGAAGACUUUUGAAAGAGUCCCUUGGACAGCAAGGAGAUCAAACUAGUCAAUCCUAAAGUAAAUCAGUCCUGAAUAUUCAUUGGAAGGACUGAUGCUGAAGCUGAAACUCCAGUACUUUGGCCACCUGAUGCAAAGAGCUGACUCAUUGGAAAAGUCCCUAAUGCUGGGAAAGAUGAGGGCAAGAGGAGAAGGGAGAAACUGAGGAUGAGAUGGUUUGAUAACAUCACUGACUCAAUGGACAUGAAUUUGAGCAAACUCUGGGAGACAGUGAAGGACAAGGAAGCCUGCUGUGCUGCAGUCCAUGGGAUUGCAGUGUCCAGGCAUGACUUAGCAACUGAACAACAACAUUUACAGGUGACAUGAUCUUGUAUACAGAAAAUUCUAGAGAAUCCACACAAAAAUUUUUUUAAAGUUGAGCAAUAUACAAAGUCAAUUGUAUUGUUACACUAACAAUAACAAUUCUAAAAUGAAAUCCAUUUAUGAUAGCAUCAAAAUGAUAAAAUGCUUAGGAAUAAAUUUAAUCAAAGAAGUGCAAAAUUGUAUGUUGAAAGCUACAAAGCAUUUUUUAAAGGAAUGUAUAAAGACCUGAGAAUAAGGAAAUAGAUGGAAAGACAUGCCAUGUUCAUAGAUUGGAAGAUUUAAUAUUGUUAGCAAUAUUCUUCAUGGGUCUACAGAUUGAAGACAAACACUAUUGACAUCCCAGCUGCCUUUUGGGCAGAAAUUAACAAGCUGAUCUUAAAAUUCAUCUGGAAAUGCAAGGAACCCAAAAUAGCCAAACAAUCUUAAAAAGGAACAAGUUUGGAGGAUUUAUACUUCCAGAUUUCAAAACUUAAUGCAAAGCUACAAUAAUUGAUACAAUGUGUGACUGGCAUAAAGAUAAAUAUAUAGCUCAAUGCAAUAGAAUUGAGAGUCCAGAAAUAAACCCUUUUACUAUGGGCAAUUUGUUCUUGACAAGGGUGGCAAGAUAAUUCCCUGGGGAAGAAGUCUUUUUACCAAAGAUGCUGGAUAACUGGAUAUAUACUUGUAAAAGAGUGAAGUUAGACCUUAUAUCAUGUACAAAAGUUAAUGCAGAUACCUCAUAGACAUGAAUAAAGGAGCUAAAACAAAAUUAUUAGAAGAAAACAACAGUAAAUCUUUGUGAACUUGGGCUAGGCAAAGCAUUGGUACAACAGGAAAAGCACAAGUCACAAAAGAAAAAAUAAUGCUUCAAAGGGUAACAUCAAAACAGUGAAAAGACAACCUAUUGAAUGGAGAAAAUAUUUGCAAAUCGUGUGUUUGAUUAGGGGCUUGUAUCCAGAAUGUAUAUUAAACAAAAGACAAACCAGUUUUAAAAUGGAUGAGGAUUUGAGCAGACAUUUCUCCAAAUAAGGUGGACAAUUGACCAACAAGCACAUGAAAAAUGCUCAAAAAUCAUUUAUCAUUAGGGAAGUACAAAUCAAAACCCCACUGAACUGCCAACUUCACACCUACUGGAAUGACUGUAUCCCCCAAAAGACUGACCAUAUCAAGUGUUGGCAAGGGUGUGAAGCAAGUACAAACUUCAAUGCUAGUGGCAGGAUUAUAAAAUGGUGGAGCUGCUUUGUAAAAUAGCCUGGGGAUUUCUCAAGUGUUAAACAUAGAGUUGCUAUGGCCCAGCAAUUCCAUUCUUAGGUUUAUAUAUAUAUCUACAAGGGAAUUGAAAACAUGUCCACACGGAUAUUUGUACAUGAAUAUUCCUAGCAACAUGACUCAUCUUUCUGAAUCAGAGAAUAAAAUCAUUUUGCAACCCCUAGUGAAAUAAAUCAGCCAAAGACUGUUAAUGCUGAAACCAUUAGGUAAAAGGUUGAUUGGGAGCCGAAUAUCUAAAUAAUGUUGAAAUAUCACCCUGUGGAUCAUUUGCUAGUCAUGAAAGUAGAAACUUGACAUUAUAAUGGUGAAGCUUUCUGGUUGUGACCAUUUUAACCCAAUCAAAAUUAACAUUACCAGCAACGGAAGACAGGAUUUGAAAGGGGAAGAGGUCAGCCAGUGUGCAUAUGCUGUGUUAGGAAAUUACAGUUUGGCAGUCGCCCAAAGAAGAGCGAAGAGUUGGAACACCUGGAAAGUGGCUUUGACAAAGUAUGAUGAUUAGCUAUUGAUCAAAUGAGUGAAUUAUUAAUGCAAACAGCACCAGAUCAAUACGGUGACUAACAAUCCCAGUUUGCUUGGAACUUUUCUGAGUUUGCCCAUAAAAGUCCUGUAUCCUAAAAAACUUCCUCAGUCUCUGGCAAACUGGAAAAGUUUGGUCAUCUUACCACCUCAGUAAAACUACCUUUGCCUCUUUCCCCCAGUCCUCACCUUCCCUGCCCCAAUUCUGGACUUUGUAGGGGAGAAAUUGAAUAACAAAGGAAACUGAUAAAAGGAGUGACAUUUCUCUCUCCAGCAAUAGCUGGUCCCUGAGCCAAAAAAGGAGAGGGGCUUUAAACCAAGUGUAAAUUUCUUUUGUGGGUGGUGAAAAUGUUCUAAAAUUGAUUGUAAUGAUGGUCGCACAACUCUGAAUAUGCUAAAAACCACUGAAUUGUACAUUUAAACACUGAAUUAUAUAUAAUUUGUAUCUUAAUAAAGCUGUUUUUAAA